GGAAAUUCACUGGACAGGAACCCAGACCAACCUCCUCGGCGUUACUGUUCCGGCCGGCCCGUAGUCCAACUACUAAACCACUACUACACACUACAACUACAACCUUCCUUAGUAAGGUAGCCUGGGUAACGACCACCAUUACCGGUAUUACUACCUACCUCUCUUAUACUCACUGUCUUUGUCCUCUCUCCUUCUCCUCCUUCUCUCCUCCUUCUCUCUGCCUUCCUCUCUCUCCCCUCCUACUUAUUCUCAAGCAAGAAACCAAAACGAAAGGCAUAUAUACAGCAUGCUUAAACCACCACACUCGCUAUAAGUAAUGACUGACCACGCAACACCCGCAUCGCCCACCCCGGCCUCUAGCGACCCCUUCAUGGACCCCGCUGCCCCCGACGCCUCUGGCGAUGGAGACAUCGACUUCGCGCGUGACACCACCCUCGCGGUAGGCAAGGAUGCCAGCCUGACCCUCGGCACCGAGUCGCUGAUUGUACUUGAUGACGAUUUUCAAAAGGACGGAAAGACGUCGUGCUGCGCGCUGUGCAGGCCCGGAAGCUCAAACACCCGCGCCAUCCCCUUCGACAACGUCCUCUGGGCCGAAACCUCCGACACCCUCCUCACAAUCUCCUUCGCCGCCCCCAUCUCCAAAACUGCCGUCCGCCCAGAAUUACUCACCUACCCCCUCCCCCUCGACCCGGGACCCGCACGCAUCUGGAUCGCGAAGCUCCUCGACCGCGCGUACGGCGAGUCGCAGAAGCGCAAGCGCGCGAAGGUCCUCCUCAACCCACAUGCCGGGAAGGGCAGCGCUGUGAAAUGGUGGAUCAGGGACAUUGAACCGAUUCUCCGCGCUGCACGCAUCGAGCUCGAUGUACACACCACCUCGAGCCAGGGGGAGGCGGUCACGAUUGCAGAAAAAUUGGAUAUUGAGGCGUACGAUAUGGUGGUCUCGUGCUCGGGGGAUGGACUACCGCAUGAGGUUUUCAAUGGGCUGGGAAAGCGCCCUGAUGCUCGGCGUGCGCUUGCCAAAAUUGCGGUCGUGCAGAUGCCUUGCGGUAGCGGUAAUGCGAUGAGCUGCAACCUGACGGGCAGCUCAAGUCCCAGUCUCGCAGCGCUGGCGACGGUCAAGGGUGUCGUGACGCCACUGGAUCUCAUCUCCAUCACGCAAGGGUCGACGCGCACGCUGUCCUUCCUGUCGCAGUCAGUUGGCAUCGUGGCCGAGUCCGAUCUAGCGACUGAGAAUAUCCGCUGGAUGGGGCAGGCGCGCUUCACCUACGGCUUCCUAACCCGACUGCUAAAGAAGAGAAUAUACCCGUGUGAUUUGGCCGUCAAGGUGGCGAUUGAGGAUAAGGCCGCGAUUAGGGAGCAUUAUCGCCAAGAGUGUGAGAAGAGGGGUACACUAGGUGAGAGGCGCGGGAACAAGGAUGAGAAUGAUGAUGAUUCGGCGGCGAGCACGAGCGCGGCGGGUGAUGAGGGGUUGCCGACGCUGAGGUACGGGACAGUCAAUGAUAAGUUGCCAUCGGACUGGGUGAACAUUCCCUAUGACACGAUGGGCAAUUUCUACUGCGGUAAUAUGUCCUACAUGGCCGCCGACACAAACUUCUUCCCCGCCACCCUUCCCAACGACGGCCUCAUGGAUUUGGUCUGCAUCGAUGGCCGUAUCGCGCGCACCGCCGCGGUUGACCUCAUGCUCGCCGUCGAGAAUAACAAGUUCUUCGACAAGCCGCUCGUCAGCUACCGCAAGGUGCUGGGAUACCGCAUCAUGCCUCGCGAGCAGGAGUCGGGAUACAUCAGCAUCGACGGAGAGAGGGUGCCGUUCGAGCCGUUUCAGGCGGAGAUUCAUCGGGGGUUGGGGACUGUGUUGAGUUGCUCGAGGUGGAAGUACGAAGCGCAGGGUCCAUAGUUGGAGGUUGUCUUACAGGGGGGUAUGGGAUAAGGGAUGAUGGAUAGGAUAGCGUUUGGAGGUCAGUUUGCGUCGCGUCAUGGCAUGAUAUACCCAGGAGUUGCCAUAGUCGAGG